UCUUGUCGUCUCCAUCCAUGGCGGUGUCCUGCUGUCUCUGCGGAACCGGGGCCGGCGCGGCUUCCGUCCUCCGCGGGAUACAGGCGACCUGCGUUGCGCUGUAGCGGGCGCCUGGGCCCGGGGGGCUACCGGCCGGGCGGUCAACGAGGGAAACACAGCCCCGUGCUGCGUGUCGUUCAGCCCUAAACUCCGGAGGAAUGUGCACUCGAGGAUGGAGUCCUACCGGGCCGACAGGGACCUCAGCCGCGAGGACAUGGGCUGCAACCUGUGGCACAUCAGUGACCUGGAAAACUUGGACGAUACCUGCGGUGACCUGUUGGUGACCCUGCAGUCACUGAGCCGCCAGGGUGAGAAACGCAGCCUCCAGCUCUCUGUCAAGGUCAACUCCAUGACCUUUACCUCUGACAAAGUGCUCCCUGGGAAAUACAAAGAUUUCCAAGCAACAGGAUGUAAAACAAAUCCAGAAAAUGACCGGUCAGAAUGAUUCUCUCCCUUACUGAUCAGCUCAAGGCUGGUGACUGAUCAACCGUGGGCCAUGCUUUCAAACUCUAGUCUUGAACAGCGGGUGGAAGAAAGUGGAAAAAGAGGGUGUUCCUGGAGAGUACCCCCAUCUUUCUGACAUCUUCACUUCCAAAGUCAUGCAGACAGCUCCAUAAUUCCUACGUUGUUUGCUUUCCUCGUGCUUCUCUGUCCCAUAUAUUUUCAUGGAAAGCCCAAAAUAUGGGAAAGGAGAAUGGGCAAAAAUUAACUACCAAGAGUUUGGUGAGGGAGGUCCAUCUCCUUUAUUCCGCUCCCACGGAUGUGUAUGUGGGGUAGACAUCUUUAAAGGAAAAGAUGUAUUGGGAACCUCUGUGUCCCUCACUACUGCAUUCCGGGGUCACUUCUAGUACAUGAUGAAGACAGUAUAGUUUGCUUGUAAAACAAAACUUGAUAGCUGGGCCGUACCACUCAUCAGUUUCACGACGUAACUUCAUCUUUGCUCCCCUAAUUGUUAGAUGAUGUCAGUAGUCACUAUGCUCACGGUCUCUUUACUCCUGUUGCAGUUUCACAGCUGAACAAAGCUGGAAUGAUGAAUGUCAUUGAAGCUGAUCUAACAUGUAUUUCAGGACUUUCUAUGGGCUGGAGCGAGGAAUAUGUAUUCUCGUCAAUAGACAGGAGUCUUCAACAGAUCCUCCAACAUCUGGAAAAUGCAAGGUCAACACUUAUAAGUUUACAAGACUCGCAAGAUUUAUCUUCCUCCUCUGUCUCUGACAUUGUGGGUCGGGAGGCUAUCCCACCUUCUUGCUACUGUACGUCGGGAAACCGUUCUUAUGACUCCAGCGUGUCCUCUGUAUCAUCCAGUGAGUCCGCUGUAUCAUCCAGUGACAGCUCGAACCCAUCUUACCUUCCAGUCUUUCCUGGAGGAGCAACGUGGCAAUUGCACAGCCAUAGCUUACCUGCUUUCUCCCGAAAGGAACCGCCCGCUCCCAGGAGCCAGGGCUCAUCCCUGCCGACUUUUCAGCAGGCAGAUCUUAAGAAAUCAGAUCUUUUUCAAAAUUUGGCAGCUCUUCCUCCCUUAAAAACUCAACGCUUUUUUAUUAAUUCAAUUUUAGAAAACCUAGAUUCUAGCAAACAAGAGAAUACAAUAAAUAAAAGAAAGAAUCAUUUGGCCCAAUCAGGUCUUGGGCCAAAUUCUGUUUUGAAUGAGAGCCCAGGCCCCCCCCUAGUACGGGCUCCACUCCAGCUCUCUCCUUUAGUCAGAGGAGAACUGGAAGGACACAUGUCUCAUAAGGUUUCUACUUUGCGGGCACAAGUGAUGCCUCUGCCUGUGAAGAAAUCCUGGGAAAUACUCAAUCAUUUCAUGGAUGUACAAGGAGUCCCUGAACAAGGGCUCCCCAAAACUCAGUUACCUACACUCCUCCCUCAGAGGGCUGAGCAAAAUACCAACCGAUCUCCAGAUGCUCCAUCGUUUCAUGUCCAUGUAAACAUUGGGGUGAAUUCUGAAUUAAGCAGGACGGAAGUGUCACAGCCGCUGACCUCAAACAAGCAGUUAGAGUCUGCUAAUGACCGCCAGGUUCUUAGCUACAACCCUGUAGUUACAUCAAUGGGCACUCCAGCUCCCAUUAACAUAGUUCGGGAAGAAAAAGCUUUACUGAAAAAGGAUCCAAGACAUGUGUUAGAGCUGAAUAUAGAUCAGAGGGUCCUAGGUCUUCCAGAAAAAAGGAUACAGCCACAAAGGGCACAAGUAACUGACAUGGAACUGACAGCCCAGGUACCACGCUCAGCCACGGACAGCGUAAAGGUUACUCCAGUGGCAUUGCUUCAGGUUAUGGGCUUGAUGGGAAUGAUCCCAGAAUCACACGCGCAGGUGAUAGACAGCGUGGGGUUUCCCCCGCAGCCACCAAAUCAAGCAGAAACAGUGAGUCUAACUCCCCGGCCAUCAGACCAACCAAAAACAGUAACAAGUCUUCAGCAUUCAGCUACGGAAUCAAAGAGUAUGGCCUCAAGACUGAGUCCAGUCACAGAUAAAAUGAAGGUAACUCCUGUGGAAUUGCUUCGCAUCAUGGAUUCCAUGGGGCUGAUUGAUGAAUUAUACCCACAUGUCAUAGAACCAGCAGCAAUAGCCCCAAAGCCACAAUACCAAGUCAUGGAGUCGCCAAAGGUGGAUACAUUGCAUGGCCACCAAGCCAUACGACCAGAAGAUAAGAGUCUAGGGCUACAGCAAUCAGUUCUGGGAACUGUGGAAGUGAUCCCCCAGCCUCAGCAUAAAGUCAUGGGAACACCGAACACGACCUUGGGGCCACAGAAUCAAGCCCCAGAACACAUUGGGAUUGCUCCCGGUCCAAUACGUGAAAAUAUAUUGGAAAUUAGCUCAAGUGCACUUCCUAAAGCCAUUGAUUAUACAAAAGCAACCCCAGUGGCACAACAGACCAUGGAUUUCAUGCAGGAAAUUCCACCAGGACAGCCACACAUUCCAGAACCUCGGGCUCUGAUCCAAACUAAAAAUUUGACCCCACUGCCAGCUCAGCCAGACGUUCUGACUUCUGCUGUCCCAAGAGGAGCAGCAGAAUCUCGAGGCAUACCUCCACAGCUACCGUCUACAGCCCUAGCGUCAUCAGGAGUGAUUCUGCUACCAGCAGGUCAGUCCCCGCAUGCUCUAAAGGUGACCCCGAUAGUACAGGCGCCACCUGGGGUGGGAAUGAUCCCACCACUCCAAGUUGUAGAGCCUCCUGGUUUGACUCCACAGCCAGAGUUACAGAACGUAAAAUCUGAGCCCUUAAUCCCAGAUCCAAGAUUGCGAAAUAUGAAAUCUGUGGACAUAGCCAUGGAUUUAGUCCCAGAAAAGGUAAAAUAUGGACCACCGACCUCAAGAGCAGUAUCUACAGAUUUGACCCUAGAAUUGCAUCAGCUGACUAUGCAGUUUGAGGAAUUAACCCACAUGCCACAAUUGCAAGGUGAGGAAUCUGUGCCAUCGGCCCCUGAAUCUCAACUUCAAGAUGUGAAAUCUGGCCAAGUGAUAGUUGAAGCACAACUCCAAAACAUACAGGCUGCUGGGCUGGCCCCAGGUCCACAGGGGCAAAGUGAUACGUCAGUACAUUUGACCCCUGGUUCACAGACUCAAGGUAUGCAAGGGGUUGUUCAUUCAGCCCUAUCGCAGGAGUUACAAGGAGAUUCAAAAAUGGUGGAGUUGGCUCCAAGACCAUCACUUGAAGAUAUGAAAUCUGUGAACUUGACCCGAAAACCAUAUUCACAAAGCACCAGCUUUGAGAAGACAGCCCAUGUACCAUUGCUCGAAGAUAGAAAGACUCUAUUGUUGGUAGAAGGUAGGAGUUUAAUUCCCGAGGCACUGGUGGAAAGUGUGAAUCUUAGUGAAUUGGUCCCAAGCACACACCUUUGUGCGGUAAAAUCCUUAGAAGUGAACCCCGACCCAAGUUAUCAUUUCCUGGAACCUGCAGAAUUGGCCCUACGGUGUCAAGCCCCAGAAGAAAGAGUGGGCUCUGACAUUUGUCAUCAGGUGGAAGAAUCUGUUGAGCUGACACAAUCAUCAUUAGGAAUGAGGCUGAUACCACUGAGCCAAACCUCAGACUCUAUGGAGAUGUACUCACCACCACUCCAAGAAACUCUUGAAACUAGGAACCAGGUUGUAAAAGAGAUGGAAGAGACUCCAGAAUCACAAAACGCAAUUAAAGAUGCUCUGGAUUUGCUACCAGAAUCAGAAGUACAGAAUAUGAACUCAGCAGUGAUGGCCCCAGAACCACAGCCCUCAGAUGGGAAGUUUCUUCAUGGGACUCUAGAAUCAUGUUCUGAAGUAACUAACUCAUCAGAAAUAAAUCUUAGUCUAGAAUACGAAGACAGAGAGACUAUCAGAUUAACAUUUCCUAAAGUUGAUGAUACUCAGGGGGCCAUGAUAGAACCAUAUUCAGAAAUGGGAUCUCUGGAGUUGGGUCUAGAACCAGGAGUGCAAGGUGAGAAAUCGGAGUCCUUGGCUCAACACUUGCAGUCUGUGGAAGUAAUUGGUGAACCACCUGUACUAGCUGCAGAGCCUAUCGCACUAACUACAGGACCCAAACCACACAUUAAAGAUGUGAUCCCAGGGCCCCAGCUCGAAGUCAAACUUAGGCAAAUGGAUACAGAAUCACAGUUGCAAAAUGAGGAAUCUGUAAAUGUAACACGACAGUUGUCUCUAGGAGAGGUAGGUCCUGAAAAGACAAAGCCAGAGUCAGGGCCACAGAGUCCAUCCCCGAAGGAACUGAUUGAGGAGACACAGCCCCCGAAAGUGAAAUCUGUGCAUUUAAAUCUAGGCCCACAGCAGCUAAGUAUCAAAUCUGGGUUGAUUCCAGGGCCACAACUGCAAAGUGUCAGAUUUCCAACGUUCUACCAAGGGGGAAAACGAGGAAAUUUCAUCUCAGGCCCCCCACGUUAUGGUGUGAAAUCUGAUGAGGCACUAUCUCGUUCCCCAGUACCAGAAAUCAGAUCAUCAGAUUAUAUCCCGGGGCCAAAUCUUCCAGAAGCAAAACUGCAACAUGUGAAGCCUGUGGAAGUAAAUGUAGGACCAUGCUUGCAAGCUGUGAAAUUCUCUGAUCUGACCCCUGAGCCCAAGCACCAAGGUUUCAGAUGUACACAGGUCAUACCAGGUAUUCACUUUCAAGAUAGGAAGUCUCAGGGACUUUUGCCAGAAUCAUUUUUGCCAUUAAGCCAAGAGCUUAAUGCCAUUAAGCCAAGAGCUUCAAAGCAGGAAGAGUUAACGCCAGGGCCACAUUUGGGAGAUGUGAAAUCUAUGGAGUUAAGGUCAAAGUCAGAGCGGGGAAAAGUCAAAGCUAUACUGUUAACCCCAGGGAAACAAGCAGGAGAUAAAGUACCUGAGGAGCUGCCCCGGGGCCCCAACUUGAAAGGUUUAAAAUCUGAGUUACUACCUUCAAGACCACAGUUAGAGAAUAGGAAAUCUGCAGUCUUAACUGUAGGACAAUGUCCAGAGAGGAUAAAAUCUACAGUGGUAUCCCCAUGUAGUUCCCAGUCAGAUGGUACAAAAACUGUGAAGUUGAUUCCAGGUUCAACAAUUCAAGACUUGAAGACUGUGGGGCUGGCCCGUGAUACACAUGUUCAGGAUGCAAAUGCCAUGGGUUUGAAACUUGAACCAAAGCAAGAAGAGAGUCCUGUGACUUUUGUACCAGGGAUACAGUUUCAAGAUGAGUUUAUGGAGGUGUUGCAGGUGCCUCAACUACAAGGUAUAAAACCCAAGGAACUGACUGCACAGUCACAAAUGCGGGGUAGGAAACAUGUGAUUAUCUCAUGUUUGAAGCCACAAAGUCUAAAACCUGUGAAUAUAUCCAAAACACAAGGAAUCCCAGGAGUAAAACUUGUGAAUUUAGUCUCAACACAACCGUGUCGAGGGAUGGCGCCUACAGAUUUAACUCUCAAGCCUGGACAGGAUGACCAGAUAACUGUAAGAUCACCCGAGUGGAAAGGUAGGGUUUUAGACCAGCUGAGCAAACAUUUUGAGUCAGAAAAUGUGUUGUCCAUGAAGUCAGGUCAAGAAGCCAAACCUGCAGAUAAAAAACCCAAAGAGAUCAAAUUUAAAGUACAAUUUAAAGAUACACCAUCAUUUGAAUCGACUCCUAAACCAGUUGUUCACAGUGUAAAACCUGAAGAGGCCCAAGAUGAAUCCCAGGUGCCAAGUAUGAAACCAUGCCAGGUGACUCCAGGGCCACAGGAGCACCAGGUGAACGUCUCAGAGCCAAUGUUAGAGCCACCAUUUCAAGAUGUGAAAACUAUGGUGUUCACAGAGCCACACACGGGAAGUACAAAAUCCGUCCGAUGGAUACCAAUAUCUAAAUUUAAAAAUGAGAAAUGGGUAGGGUCAGACUUGAGGUUGCAAUUUCAAAGUUCCACACCUACAGAAUUGAAGCCGUCUACAAAAUGGAGGGGUGUGAGGCCCUCUGAAUUGACUGUCAGGUCUAAAAUAACUCAAGAAGAAAAAUCUGUAGGGUUGCAUCUUGAGCCACAGUCACAGCAAGUAAAAACCUCUCCGUUAGCACUAGGGCUUCAGAAAACAAAAACUUUGAACUUAACAUCAGAGCCACAACCUCAAGGAAUCAAAACUGUGGAUCAAAACAAAGAUCUACCAAGUCCUCCAUGUGUAAAUUCUUCCAUAUGCACCCCAGGACCAAGUCCUCCGUGUGUGAAUUCUUCCGGAUGCACCCCGAAGCCAAGUCCUCCGUGUGUGAAUUCUUCCGUAUGCACCCCAGAGUCAAGUCCUCCGUGUGUCAAUUCUUCCGUAUGCACCCCAGGACCAAGUCCUCCGUGUGUGAAUUCUUCCGGAUGCACCCGGGAGCCAAGUCCUCCAUGUAUGAAUUCCACUGAGUGCAAUUCUAAAGCACAUUUUCAAGGUGUGAAUUCUGCAUGCAUUCCAAGCCAAAACCCUCAGUGUGAACAUUCUAAUAGGAAUAAUCUUGGGCCACUUCUUCAAGGAAUGCAUUCUGAUACAACAUUUCCAGCACCACAAAAUAUGUGUGUAAAUUGUGUUUGGUGCAGUGCCCAAACACAUUUGCAAAAUGUGAAUUCUUCUGCAUGUACUCGAAGACAAGAAUCACAGUCUGCAAAUUCUAUGGGAUACAACCCUGGGCCACAUUUAGAAGCUCCUAAACUUCAAGGUAUGAAGUUUCCUGAGUUGAAUCCAGGGACAGGAAUUCAAAGAGAGAUGCCUAUAACAGUUAACCCAGGACAGCACUUGCAAGAUUUAAGGCUUGAAUUAACUCCAGGGUCAAAUAUUACAGGUAUAGCACCUGCAGAAUACAACCCUGGGCCACAGGAACAAUGUGUGAAUUUUUCUGAAUUGAAUCCAGGAUUAGAAUUACAAUGCAUAAAUUUAGCGAAGCUUGGUUCAGGGCCACAGUUGCAAAACAUAAAGUCCUUUGCAUCGACCUCUGGAUCUGGAUCAGAAUCGCGGUGUACAAGAUCUGUUCUAUUGAGCCCUGGACCCCCUUUUCAAGGUGUGAAGCCAUCUAACUUAUCGGUAGGGGCAAAGUUUCAAGAGAUCCCAUUUUUGAAGAAGCAAUUUGGGUCACGGCAGCAAACUGCACAACCCAUGUUGACUCAGAAGCCUCAGUCAACUGGUGUGGACUCUGUGGAAGUUUUACCAACACCACUGCCUGAAGAUAAAAUGUUUCCAGAGAUGAGCAAACAGCCAUUGCUUUGUACAAACUCUGUAAACCUGACACCUGGCUAUGGUCUGCAGGACUUCAAAAGUAAGGAAUUUUCACUAGGACCGUGCUUUCAAACAGUUAUGUGUUUGAAGCCAGGAUCACAGUCUCAGAGCGGGAACUCUUCAGAGUUCGCUCCAUGCCACGGGUCUCAAUGUGCUCAGUCUUUCUUUGCCCCAAAGCCAUGUCUUCAAGAUCUAAAACCCAUGGAGCUGAGGCUUGGAUCGCAUCAGCAAAGUAUGAAUUGCCAACAGAUUGCUUUAGAUGAAACGCCAAUGGUAGUAACACAGGAGUCCACCAGGAAGUCCUUGGCAGGACCAGCACUGACAAGUGUCAAAUUUUCAGAUUUAAUUCCAGAGUCGCAGUCGCAAUGUAUGAAAUUUAAGGCUUUGACUUCAGAACUGAGGGGGCAAAGUGUAAAACAUGUGAAAUUAUCAUCAGUGUCCCUGCCACGAAGUGGAAACUCUGUGGGCUUAUCACCAAGUCCAUUCCUUCAAAAUGUGACAUUUGGGAACCAAAUUCCCCAAACAAAUGAUCAAAUCACAGAACCCUCUAAGGUGACGUGCAGACCAGUACACCACCUGGUGGACUAUGCAGAGAUGAACACGAAGAUCAGGUACCAAGCCCCUAAAUUGGAAAAUUAUAUUCCGCUGCCUGUUUAUCAAGAAGAUGCGGGAUCUUCAGAAAUGACGAAAGGGUUUAGACACAAAAGCACAGAAACAACAGAGAAAUCUAUGAGGUUGUUCCCCAAGCCAACGGAUACAGUCACAGAAUUAUUGGGGAUGCCGCAGCAGCCAGAGCUUCAAGUGCCAGGAUUUGCUGAUCUGACUCCAACACUAAGUGAUCAAGAUUCAAAUGCCUCAGAACUGACCCCACAGAAAAACUACCAGAGCCUAGAAACCCUGGAGAUGCUUUCUUGUUCGUGGCCUCAAGUGAAAGAUUUCAAGCAGUCACAGACCCAACCAGCCACAGGAUCUAAGAGAAUGACCCUCGACCUCAAGAAUCAUGCCACAGAAAUGACGGUGCUAACUCGUAAGGUAAGACAGCAAGAGAAAGAAUUUCUUAGAGUGACUUCAACACCAGUAAACAGAGAGACUGAAUGUGUCGAAAAAUCUCCAUGGCCAUAUCCUCAAGACUUAGGACCUGUGAUGGGGAGCUCCGAGAAAAGAUCCCCAAGGGAACAAUCUGUAGCCUCGUCACCAAGGCCAUUCUAUCAUGUUCCGGAUUCUGCUCCAGGAAUAACACCAGGACCUCAGAUUCCUGAAUCUGUAGGUUUGACCUCUAAGCCAUGGCUGCAAAGGGAAAAAUUCUUAGAGUUGGCCACCCAGCCAACCAAUCAAGUUGUGGGAAAUACAGCCUCUGUAGAGCUCACGUUUGAGGAAUGUCAGACAGAAGAGGUAGGAAUUGGUCUAACAACGCCCCAGAAGGCAAGCAUUGAAAAAGCGAACGUCACUCCAAUAGAAUCACUGGAUCAGAUUAUAAACUUCGUAACGGUGAGUCCAAAGCCACUCGAUCAAAUGACAGAACCUGCAAAGACACAGCUUCAAGUUCCUCAAGUCUCUGAAUCUCUGACAGUGAUUCCUGGACCACCAGUUCAAGUUAUAGAGUCAGUGAUGAUACCGGAGCCGACCUCUCAAGGGUCAAAAUAUGUUGAUUUGACUCCCAAACUGCAUGAUAGGAUAGUUGCAGAGUUUGCUCCAAGACUUUGGCUACAAAAUGUGCAAUCUAAGAAAUUAAUCGCAGAACCAACACAUCAUAUUUUAGAAACGAUAGAAUUAUCAGGCUUUCAAGUGAUAAAGACGAUAUUGCUUCCCAAGCCCCUGCUUCUGAUUGUGAAAUCCGAAGAGUUGGCACCAGGACCAAGUCCUCAGGCUGUCGAACCAAUAGGAGUUGCCACAAGAUCAAGAACUCAAGUAAAGGAUCCUUUGAAUUUACUCCCAAGACCACAUCUUCAAGACAAGAUAAAACCUAUAAAACGAACUCGAAGGGCAGAUAUUCAAGAGACUUUUCCAGAAUUAAUCGUACAGCAAACAUUUCCACUUGAGGAACCUCCAGUAUUAACUCAUAAGCAAAGGCUUCAGGCUGGAAAAUCUGUAGGACUCAAAAGAGAAUCUCCUAAAGUACUGGAAAUGGAUCUGAAUCAAGGACGGGUGUGUCAGAACAGAGCUUCGGAAAUGAUAACAUCAGAAAAGUUACAAGCAGAGAAUUACUUCUCUAGGUUCAUAAGCAGCCCUCCGAUACCAUUUAUUUCAAGCUCUGUCAAAACAAGCGAAUUAGGGCCCCUUCAGGGUUCUGGAAGGCCGGAAGUGUCAAGAGCCCGGACUAUGAAGAACUCUAAUGCUGACAUUUUGCAGUCUCCAGAGUCCUAUACAGAAACUAUUAGGAUGCGGUCACCAGCUCUUCCCUUGGUCCUUCCCUCUGAUAAAACAGGGAACUCUGUGGGAUCCCUAUAUCCCGAGAUCUGGGAUAUGGAUAUCAUAACUAAGGAAUCAACCGAAAAGAAGCAAAUGGAAGAAUUUGGGAAUUUACUGCAGAGCUAUGCUCCUUAUCCACUGAGAUUACUACCCUCGGAGUUUCAGGCAGGAUUAGGAGCUCGAAGAAACUCUAUCCGUUCUUUCCUGGGCAGACAACUGAACAUCUGGGAAAGCCAUGUCUGUAGGCAGCGACUACCCAGGAAGUACCUCUCCAAUAUGCUGAUGCUGGGGAAUGUUCUGGGAACCACUAUGGAAAGGAAGCUUUGUUCUCAACCGUUUUUAACAGAAGGAGCCACUAUGGAUAUCUGCCGAUCGAUUCAGAAUUUAUUUGGGGUUCCAGCUGAACUGAUGGAAUUUUCCCAGAGCCUACUAGAGAGGGGCCCAAGGACGAUUUCACAGACGUCAGUGGCCAAAAACUAUAUUCAGAGACAUAUCUUAGGCCAUGGUCACGAGAAAAGAAUGCCCUUAAAGAUGUGGACACGCGGAUCCACAUCCUCCAUUAUACAGCAGUACUCUGGUACUAGAUUGGGACUAAAGAAAACAAACUCAAAACUCAGUGAUAUACUCCAGGAAGUCACUCAGCACGUGCCUGUCUCAUGUACAGGGGCCCAGUUUCCUGCCUUAGGGAAGCCAGAGUCUCCUCUCGGGAUACUUUACAAUAGGGAAGAUCCUGUUUCCAGGGAGCCGAGUAAAACCUCCCAGAGCGAUUCACAGACAGGAACUUUUGAGUCUCACCGCUCAAAGUCAAGUUAUUUUUCCCAGACCAAGACCGAUCACUCAGAACAGCUCCAUCUACUUAAAGAUCUACAGCUAAAGGUAGCAGCAAAACUCUUACGCAGUCAAAUACCCCACAACGUCCCUCCACCCCCAGGGUCAGGUCUUGUCCUGAAAUACCCCAUCUGCUUGCAGUGCGGCCAAUGUUCAGGAUAUAGGUGCGGUCAUGAGUUACAGUCUGGUUUUGGGUCUUACCUUCUCAUCUACCCACAGAUCCACCUUAUAAGAAACCCUGAAGGCCACGGUGAGACUCGAUUGCAUCUUGGUUUUAGGUUGCGCAUAAGGAAAAGACCUCACAUCUCAAAGCAUCAUGGGAGAAACAGAGCGGACACAUCGAAGAGCCCUUCAUCACUGCACAGGGAAGCUAAAAUGUAUACGCCAGCUUCCAAGAGUCCAACUUCUACAAGAGAUUUCCAGCCCAGAUCUUCCCAGUCUCCGGCUUCUGUACCAGUUCACAGGAGGCAAAAGCAAUGGGGCAGCUGUGGCGUGGCAGGGAAGACAGAAGCCAAAGACUCUGGGCAUUAUGAAUUCUGUGAGGUUCUCUCCACGUCAGAGAGUGGCUCUGAAAGUAACCGGCAUGAAAAAUGGGCUAAGUCAAGACGCAGAAAGAUGCAAAACAUAAAAUUCUACAAAAACAGACCCACAGAAGAGUGUCCUUCUGGAACACUGACAGAUCCAUCAAGAAGCAAGAGUAUCAAAACCGCUCAAACCAGCACUGUUUCUUCAAAGAGACAACCAAAGAAAUCCUCCCAGCCCAGGUUCAUCCAGCUGCUUUUUCAGCGCCUAAAGCAGGCAUUCCAAAGAGUUAUGGCUCUCACUGCACAGAAGCCUGAGGACAGGGCUAGUCCAGACAAUUUGUGGUCAAGCAAAAACUUGUACCCCAAAGAAAAAGACGAGGAUGAUUGUUUAACAGGAGAUGGCAGAGGGGCCAGCACACCUGUUAUCAAGCAAAGGUUCAUGGGUUCCACCCCUAAGAAAGAAGACAGGUUGCAGAAAACAUGUGACCAAGCUCAACAAUCAAAACAAGUGAGCUCUCUCCAACGCCACAGUCCUCAGACAAAGCCUACGAGUCCCUCUGACAGAACCCUCAGAAGCCUCUCGGAGAGGAGAUGUCGCAGUCCCUCCCAGAGGAAGGAUCGCAGUCCCUCUAGAAGAACCCCUCAGAGUAUCUCUGACAGGAGCCUGCCCAGGCUCUCUAAGGGGAGAGGUCGCAGUCCCGCAGGGAGGAGCCAACCCAGCCCUUCUGGGAGAAGGCCUCGCAGUUCCUCAGGGAGGAGCCCUUGUGAGAGAAGGGGACAUAAUUCCUCCCCCAAGGGUCAGCUCGGUCUUUAUGGGAGGAACCAACACAGUCCCCCUUUUCAGAGAUGCCGCAGCCCCUCAAAAAGGAGCCAUCUCAGUCCUAUUCGGAGAACAUGGGCCAGUUCUUCAGAACGGAGCCAUAGUACUCUCUCUGAGAGACCCCCUUCCAGACACUCUGGCAGGACAAGGCAUAGCUCUUCUGGAAGAGGCUACCGCAGUCCCUCUAAGUCCAGGCUCCACAGGCCUUCCGGACUCCACCGCAGCCAUUCUCAGAGAACUCACUACAGCCCCUCUGACAGCAGCUGCGGUCAUUUUGAAAGGAGCCGACGCUUAGAGCGGAACCAGGAAGGUCACCAUGCGAGACCCCAUCACAGCCCCAAGGGGAAGCUCCGGCACAGUUCCCCUAAGGAGAGACCCAGACAUUCAACUCUCCAAGGGACCACACCCGAAACAUAUGUCUGGUAUAUGGGGUGCUGGUGAUCAAAGUCGGGCGGCAUGCUUGUUAGGCAAGCCC